AUGGUCGAUGUACUCUAUUCAUUAGUAAAUAUUAAUGAACGAUUUAAUCGAUUAACACUUGAUCCAUUUUACAUUCAUAAUCUUGAUUUGACUAUGAAAAUAUCAUGGUUUGAUUAUAUUUCUUCACAAGAUAAUCAAGUUCUUAAUAGAAUUUGUAAAACAAUCUUACCUCGAAUCUAUCAUCAUGUAAAUAAAUUGACUGUCGAACCCUAUUCAAUAAAACAUAUUCUUCGUGCUGUCGAUUAUCCUCGACUUCAUUCAUUAUCACUAGUUAACUUUCAAGAAGAAACAUUGCUACGAUAUUUAACAGGUGAUACAAUUCUUCGUCAUUUUCUGGUUGAUCAAAUAACGCAUCUUAAUGUCAAUAUCUAUUAUGAAAUAAUACCAAAGUUAUUCCGUGAGGAAACAUCAAAUAUAUUUUCAUUUCUGUUAUCAUUCUGUAAACAUUUAGUCGAGUUGACAUUUAAUCAAUAUUUAUGUGAUACAACUUUAGAGUUUUCACUUUAUGAUGUACCAUUAGCAAAUUGUGUAUCAUCUACUUUAACUAAAUUAGAAAUCGUUGUAGGAUAUUUUGAUGAUUGUCUUUAUCUUCUUGAUGGACGUCUGAAAUGUUUAUCGAUAUUAAUUAUCAAUGUUUCAAGUUUUUUGACUUUAUUACCAAAUAUAGAUAAUACGAAAAAACUUCCCAAACUAAAACACUUCUCGCUAACUUCUACUUGCCUCAUAGAUGAUUAUGAUGAUAAAAUAAUUCCAUUGCUUCGUCGAAUGUUAAAUCUCGAAGAAUUGACAUUGUUUCUCAAUAUAAUGAGAUGGAAUUCUACUUAUAUCGAUGGUAUACAUUUAUAUAAUGAUAUUUUCGUUCAUAUGCCACGACUUAAUAAAUUUAAUUUCAGUAUAUAUACUAAACUUAUAAAUAGUGAUAUUAGAAUUGGUCUUCCAUCAAAUGAAGAUAUUCAACGUAUUUUUAUCGAAAAUGGAAAUCGACAUGUUGGUUCUUUUGUUAAUAAUCUGCCACAGAAUGUGGGUGGACAUUGUCAUAUCUUUUCACUUCCAUAUCAAUUCAACAUUUUUCUCAAUUUGAACAAUUCUUUUCAAGGUGCUUUUAUAUUUCUUAUUUUAGACUUGACACAUUCAAGCAUUCGUACAAAAACAGCUAGUACCGGCUCAUCAGCUGCUAAACUGAAUUUACCUUAA